AUGUUUUUACUAUUGCUUCAGAUGCUGCUGAUUUCAUGGCUUGGAACAGCAGAGAAAAGAGGGGAAAUGCAGCUAAAAAAGAAGAGGAGAAUUCCACACAUCCUGCCCCAUGAUGUGCUCACAAAGUACUUAAAGGAAUCCAAAGGAACCCUGAGGGAGCCUGAGGGGUCAAUGGUAUCAUUGGCAGAAGUGGAAAUCAAACAGCAAGACUUGCCACAAAGACCUCAUUUUAUUUUCCCAAAUACUGUUCAGCAUGUGGCUGAUGAUUCGGGAAGCUGGGCUUCUGCAAGCAUAUCCACAUCCUCUACAGAUCUAAAACAUCCACAGACCAAGAAGGAAGCAGAGUCACCCUUCAGAAAAGAUGCCAAAAAAUUCUGGGACCUUUUUAUGUUGAAAACCAAGUCAAGAUCUGAAGAGGUGGUCCUUCCAAUCAAGAUAAAUGAGAUUUACCAGGAGAUUUGCAACAUGCUUCCUUUCUCUCAGAGCAUUAUACAUGAAAAUUGUGAAAAGCUGGUGAUAAGAAACAACCUGUGCUUUGGGAAAUGCAGUUCUCUCCACGUUCCUGGUGCUGGUCGCAUUUAUAGAUUUUGUUCCCACUGCUUGCCCACCAAGUUCUCCAUGAAGCAUCUGAAGAUGAAUUGCACAACGGUUAAUCCAGUAAUCAAGGUGGUUAUGAUUAUUGAAGAAUGCAAGUGUGAAGUUCAGAAUAGUAAUCAACCAGAAAUAGGGUUUCUACAUACAACUCUGUCUUCAAAUGAUCGUUAG